GAUUACCUUUCUUGUCUCCUCUUCUUUACCUUUUACAUAUAAGUAGAGAUCAAAGCUUUUGUUCACACAUCAUUUGUAGACUCUUUUCUCUUUCUCUCUCAUUUGUGUCUUGUCUUGGAAAAAUAUGGCUACUUUUGAGGAAAGCUCUGAUUUGGAUGAUAUACAGAAGCAUCUCUUUGAAGACUUUAUGGUUUCUGAUAGUUUCAUGGGAGAUUUUGACUUUGAUGCUUCUUCUGUCUCGGGACUCUGGUGCAUAGAACCUGUGAUGAAUCAAGUUCCUAAACAAGAACCUGAUUCCUCAUCAGCACAUGAGACUGAUCAGAGUGUUUCGACCAGGAAAAAAACAAAGAGGUCCCAAGAAGAAGAAGAACAGAGGAAAUACAGAGGAGUGAGACGAAGGCCGUGGGGGAAAUUUGCAGCAGAGAUUCGUGAUCCAGCUAAGAAAGGAUCUCGGGUAUGGCUAGGAACCUUUGAGAGCGAUGUUGAUGCUGCAAGAGCCUAUGACUGUGCAGCUUUCAAGCUCAGGGGAAGAAAAGCUGUGCUCAACUUUCCUCUAGACGCUGGCAAAUAUGAAGCUCCGGCGAACUCAGGACGGAAAAGGAAGAGAAGUGAUGUGAAGGAGGAGCUCCAAAGAAGUCAGAGUAAUUCUUCAACAUCUUUAAGUGAUGGAGAAACGACAUGUGAAUGAUGCAUCUAUAUUAUUAAAGUUGAAGUACUUUAAGGAGUUGUUUGGAAACUAGAAUAGGAAUUAAAAAAUUUGGAGUGUUUGGCUAUAGGAUAGCAUGAAAACAUGGAUAGCAUUAAAAAUACAAUUAUGGUUUUUUAGCAAUAUAAAAAGAAAAAUCGAUUUGUAAUCAAUAUCUCAUCAAAUAUAUUCAGUUACCAUAA